ACUUGGUCGGACUUUUUCCCGCCAUCGCUUGUUUUCUUCGGUUGCCGCGAAAGUCACUUCUGUGAUUGAUUUGGUGAUCAGUGUUAUUUACAUUCCUCGGGCUCCUGGCUGUCGACACCUGAAUUCGUCAGGGUCCGACCGAACACAAUCCACCAGACGCCGUAGCCAUCUGAGCAGGGACAAUGUCUGGCGUCGACGUCGAACGUCAAGCCCUCCCGGCUGUCACCAAUGCAGACGCUGUUAACUCCGCUUCUCCACACAAGACCGGUGACCGCGUGCGAGAAGUGUUCCGGCACUUCCUUCAUCCCAAUGGGAAGAGAGUUCAUGUCGCCCAGUCUCCCGAGGAAGCCGAACGAUUGCGGAAUGACCUCCGCAGGAACUCCAACGUGGAGGAUUUUGAUGUUGUGCUCUCGGGAACACAGGAGCAUCUGGAGACGUUGAGGCUUGCGCAGAAUCAUCAUGAGAACCAUCAGAAUGAAUUGCGAGAGAAGCACAAGGAUGUAUACGACCAUAUCACGAGUGUCAAUCACAACCUCGCGGCUAUCGCGGAUGAAUUGAAGCGUGUCGGCACGAACGGCGUCAGUCUCGACGCGCACUUUGGGCGAUUCGGAUAUGAUGCCCAUGUGCGGUCGUACGAUGAAGACCCGAGCGCUGCUCGAUCGAUCAGCGGCGCGAGUAGUGAAUCAUCAUCGCCUGCUUACGAGCGCGGCUUUGCGACGACUUUGAAGCUCUUCAAGACCCCUGUGGUGCGACAAUACUUCCACAAGGGCAUCCUCUGGCGAGCUUCUGGCGCUCAAGAAGUGCAGUCGUUCGAACUGUUCAUCGACCUUCUCUUCGUUGGAAUUAUUGCGGUGAUUGGAGAUGUCACUUCGGAGGACCCAACUGCCGUCUCCUUGCUGCGAUUCGUCAUCACAUUUACUCUAUCCUGGAAGAUCUGGAACGAUAUGGCGCUCUUCAUCAGCUGGUUUGAAACAGAUGAUGUUUUUCAGCGCGUGUCCGUGCUGUUCCUCUUAAUCUGCCUUUUUGGCUACACAACAAACAUCACUCACGCGUUCGAAGAGGAGAGCACAUACGCAACCUUGAUCGGCUUUUAUCUCGCCGCGAGAAUCUUCAUGGCUAGCUAUCUACUACUGAUCUCAUGGUUGAUCCCGAUGGUACGAUCGGUCAUGAUCUACCAUGCCAUAGCUAUUUUCAUCGCCGCAGCUUUGUGGAUCGGGUCUGUCCAUGUCGAAUACCCCAAUCAGCUGGCUUUGAUAUGGAUCGCAAUGUUCAUUGAGGUCACCGGCUCCGUGAGCCACGUCUUCGUCAAGUCCAUGCUUACUAAAAUUGCACCAUCCGCUGGCAGGUGGAUGGAGAAGAAGUUUGAAUUCUACCCAGCAAUCAACAUCGAACACCGGACCGAGCGCACAAAUGCUUUCGUCGGCCUCGUCUUCGGCUACACCGUCGUGGCAAUCCUCUUCCAAAGCGUCACCAACGGCAUCGAUGCCUUCUUCGGAAAAGCCGUCCUGGGCUUAAUCCAAUGCUUCAUUUUCAACUGGCUGUACUUCGAAGUCGAUGGGAGCAAUCUAUCCAAACAUGCCAUCCGCCGCAGCAAGACCAGCGCCUUCGCCUGGUCCUUGGCGCACCUCCCAUUCAUCAUGGCCUUUAUCCUCGCCGGCGGGGCCCUCGCACGACUCGUCGUCGCUCACGACUGUCCCGACACGGGACUCGAGCGUUUGACGGAGACAUAUCAGGAGCGCAGCGAAGGGGAAAUCCCCGGUGGGAUCCGCUGGUUCUACUCCGCGGGCCUGGGAACCGCGCUGAUCAUGAUGAUGACCAUAUCCAUCUCGCACGUGCACAAGGAGGUCGAUGGUCUGCGACUGCCCAAGAAAUUCCGCCUGGUGGCUCGCUUGGCGGUGGCGUGUGUGAUGGUCUUACUUCCGCUGGCGGAGAAUUUGAAUUCGCUUGAACUCAUCGGCAUCGUCACGGCGCUGCUUGUGUUCCUGUUGAUCUUGGAGUUAUGGGCGACGAGUAGCUGCAAUGAUAGGAUCUUUGGCCGUGCGACUCAAUGCAGAUAUGUCGGUCGAACGAGCAGGCGAAAUGUGGAAGCGCUUACUAGGGAUGAGAAGGGAGGCGUUGAUAUCGAUCAGCUUGAGGUUGACGAAGAGAAGGAGAGUGGCACCACGAUUUGUCCUUGAAGACGGAAGAAUCGCCAUGUGGGCCACUACGCAAGCAGAGAAAAAUGGAGCUCAUAGAUAGCAGGUAUUUUAUCCUCAUGAAGUGUGUUGCUGAUGAUGCUAACAAGAUGGAUCGUGUAAUUCGAAGUCUGCGCAUACCUUUUGCCGAGCAACUCAUGGACAGCCAUGCAAAGUCUUGCAGAAUCUAUACGCGCCAUAGGCUAUAGGGAGAAU